AACACUAAAACGCAUGCCAAGUUUGAUAGAAAAAGGCAAAACAAUUUUCGUGUAGAUGUUUUAACUGGUUCAGAAAGGAUAAAAUAUAGAAAACAAACAUGCCGCCUACUAUUAACAAUUCGACGAGCAACAGUGCCGCAGAUAAAAGACCACAGCGCCAAACAGAGCGCAAAUCGGAGAUAAUUUGCCGCGUCAAGUACGGAAACAACUUGCCGGAUAUUCCCUUUGAUCUUAAGUUCCUGCAGUAUCCGUUCGAUAGCCAUCGUUUUGUCCAGUAUAAUCCCACAUCGUUGGAGCGCAACUUCAAGUACGAUGUGCUCACAGAGCACGACCUGGGGGUGACGGUGGACCUCAUCAAUAGGGAGCUGUACCAGGCUGAUUCGAUGACACUCCUAGAUCCCGCCGAUGAAAAGCUCCUCGAAGAAGAGACCCUUACUCCAACCGACUCUGUGCGUUCACGCCAGCACUCGAGAACCGUUUCGUGGUUGCGAAAAUCCGAGUACAUCUCCACCGAACAGACGCGCUUCCAGCCUCAGAACCUGGAGAACAUCGAAGCCAAGGUGGGCUACAACGUUAAAAAGUCGCUGCGUGAGGAGACCCUUUACCUCGAUCGCGAUGCCCAGAUCAAGGCCAUCGAGAAAACGUUCAGCGACACCAAGAGCGAAAUCACCAAGCAUUACUCCAAGCCGAAUGUGGUGCCCGUCGAGGUGCUGCCCAUCUUCCCGGACUUUGUCAACUGGAAGUACCCGUGCGCCCAGGUUAUAUUCGACAGCGAUCCGGCUCCGGUAGGCAAGAACGUGCCCGCCCAGUUAGAGGAAAUGUCGCAGGCCAUGAUUCGGGGUGUGAUGGACGAAAGCGGCGAACAGUUUGUCGCCUACUUCCUGCCUACAGAGCAAACGCUCGAGAAACGCCGCGCCGACUUUGUAGCCGGAGAGCUAUACAAGGAAGAGGAGGAGUACGAGUACAAGAUAGCACGAGAGUACAACUGGAACGUCAAGACCAAGGCCUCGAAGGGCUACGAGGAGAACUACUUCUUCGUGAUGCGGCCCGACGGAAUUUACUACAACGAACUGGAGACUCGUGUGCGUCUAAACAAGCGGCGUGUCAAGGUCGGCCAGCAACCCAACAAUACCAAGCUGGUGGUCAAACAUCGUCCGUUGGACGGCAUGGAGCAUCGCAUGCAACGCUACCGCGAACGUCAAUUGGAAGUUCCUGGCGAGGAAGAGGAGGAGGAAGUAGACGAAGAGCUGGAAGAAACGAUAGAGGAACAGAUUCAAGCCCCUGGGGAGACAGAAAAGAAGGACGAGCAGGUUCCGGAGAGUGCCAAGUCGGCAGAAGGAGGCGACUCACCUGCUCAAGCUGCUCGCGAUCGGCAGUCGCGCUCCCGUACUCGCAGUCGCAGCGGUUCCAGUUCUGGGUCGGCCAGUGGUUCCCGCUCAAGGUCGCGCAGUCGCAGCGGUUCCAGCUCCGGAUCUGCCAGUGGCUCGCGUUCACGCACAAACUCUCCGGCCGGAUCCCAAAAGUCGGUCGCAGCCUCAAAUAAGUCUAGGUCGAGAUCCAAAUCCAAAUCUAAAUCGGGCUCACGUUCCCGAACCCCAUCCAGAUCGCGGUCUCGUUCCCACUCCCGUUCCAAGUCCGGAUCCCGUUCCCGAUCCGGCUCCCGUUCACCCACGAGGUCGCGCAGUGGAUCAGGAAGCGGCUCCGGAUCGAGUUCUGGUAGUGGGUCUGACGAAGAUUAAACAAUUUCAAAUGAUAGAAUUUCACAAUAAAACGCAUUGUAUUUUAA